CGCUCAAGGACCCGGAUGUGAUUCCGCCGAGCAAUGGCGGCUGAGCGGAUCCGGGCUCCAUCCCGCAUGUAAACAACACAUUAAGCGCCCUCCUUUGUUAAAGAAAACCAGCCUCGGUCAGGAGCAUGAGAUUUUCGCUCAAGAAUCGACUCCUCUGAGCACCAAAAAUGUCGAUGGAAGAUCCGUUUUUUGUGGUGAAAGGAGAGGUGCAGAAGGCUGUGAACACGGCUCAAGGGCUUCAUCAGAGAUGGAUGGAGCUGCUACAGGACCCGGGUGGAGCCAGCAAGGAGGAGAUGGACUGGACCACCAAUGAGCUGCGGAACAGUUUGAGGUCCAUUGAAUGGGACUUGGAGGACUUGGAUGAGACUAUCAGUAUUGUGGAGGCGAAUCCAAAGAAGUUUAAUCUUGAUGCUGUGGAGCUGGCCAAAAGGAAAGCCUUCAUCACUAGCACAAGGCAAACAGUCAAAGAGAUGAAAGACCACAUGGCUAGUCCAAUGGCCGCUACAGUGUCCGAGCGGAAAACUCGACAGACUUUAAUGGGCGAUGGUGGGUCUCGUGGCCCAAUCUGGCAACCCAGUGCUGAUAAAUACACUAGACUGGACAAGGAGCUGCAGACGGCAAACUCACAAUUCAUUGAUGAACAACAGACCCAGCAAUAUCUAAUAGCAGAAAAGCAGGAUGAGCAUCUAGAGUUAGUUUCGGGAACUAUUGGCGUCUUGAAGAACAUGUCUCAAAGGAUCGGCCAGGAGCUGGAUGAGCAAGCUGUAAUGCUGGAUGACUUUUCUCAUGAGGUGGACAGCACUCAAUCCAAGCUGGAUAAUGUCAUGAAGAAACUGGCUAAAGUUUCUCACAUGACCAGUGAUCGAAGACAGUGGUGUGCUAUCGGCGUUCUACUGGCCAUCCUGUUUGUGGUGAUCAUCCUCUUCAAUGUUCUUUGAACAGCACUCCACUACAGCUCUCCCGUCUGGGUACGCUCACAUCAACUGAGGUGUUCGGAAGGGAGAGAACCAACCACAAAACCCUUUCGUCUCUAUCUUCUCUAUUCCAUCAUACGUGUAGAACGCCGCUUCUUUUUUUGCUUGUAUGCAGCCCAGACUGAAAACAAACAUUAAGUAAGCACAGGCUGUUCUUUGUUUUUCCUGCAAACGCAUUCCGGUUUAGGCGAUAAUACGGUCUGAAUCAUUUCGUACGAGAUGACGUGAUCCAGGGUAAAUCAUUUCUUUCAGAUGGACCAUGACUUUUAACACUUAAGCAGCUAAAAGAGUUAAUAACAAUCUAUUUUUUUUCUAGUGCUACUAGAAAAUAUUGCCUAUAUUGCACUGCUUUAACAGCCAGUUUAGACCACUGUAAAUGUUCAGCACUAACUACAAAGCUACUAAACACUGGAGCUUAACAAACUAGAUACUGUUUAACCAGGGAUGUUACUGAUCCUACUAAUGCGAGUUAGUUAUUUACUGUCGACGUGUUUAUUUCUGUGUGUGUGGUUUACUUAUUUUUUUUUUUACAUUAGUGAGAUUUGUUCAUAUGCACUGCGCUUUGCCUCUUGAAAAUGGAUGCAAUCGUGUUUUUAAGGAAAACGUUGAUGUUAAGCACUCCAGAUAACUGCUUAAAGGGUUAGUUCACCCAAAAAUGAAAAUUCUGUCAGUAUUUACUCACCCUUAUGUUGUUCCAACCCUGU